CGGAAACCAACAUAUGUGCAGGAGCAUAUAAAUAGCAGUACGACCCGCUGGACUCGCUCACUCUGCUAGGAGAGCUUGGAGUGGACUGACAGCGCUUCCGUCGAGGCGCCUAGAUUUUGGCAACAACAUUAAAGUCCUAUAUUUAGUGCAGUCUGUCAUGCCAGAAAGCUGAAGCUAAACAAAGCUCUGGGAUCUAGGAAAGAUGGAGGCCACGACGGGUUACCAGGACAUUAGCGCUCUGGAAAAAUCGGUGGCCAAUGCCGGUUCGCAGCUUUACACGAUGACUCACAAACUCCAUGCGGUGGAGCGCAGCCUCGAACAGACGACGAUGGAGCAGAUGGACGAGAUGGAGGUGCUCGAGCUGCUCGAGUCGAUGAGCGAAGUGACCCACGAGUACCAGAAUCUGCGCAAGGACAUCUGCGAGGUGCAGCAGCUGCAGCGUGACGUCAGCAGCUCCAUACGUUACCAAAUGCGGAUCAUGCAGCAGACAUUUCAUACUCUGAAGCAGCGGAUAGCCAGUUCCCAGAAGGGUCGCAAAAAGCCAGAGACCCUCGACGGAGCAGAGAGUGGGUGUCAUGAAUAAUCCAUGAGCCUUAUUGAUUAGCCUGCCUGGAAAAUGGGCAAUAAGGAGCGGAAAAUGUGUCAAAGGGGCGGAAAAGUAGGGACUAUAUAGAUACCAAUCUGAAGCAAUCAACUGUGUAACUAUAUAUCGCAAAAACACACACCAAGCAUUUAGACUCGAAAACGAAUCCUAUAUACUUUAUAUAUACACUGAAAGAAAACCCACACUCAAUUCUAAGCACACUUUUGCGAUUUUUACACUGUGUUCUGUGCGUGUGUGUGUUAUGGAAUCAAUUUAUUAUCACUCGUAUUGAAAACAGAUACUAAGAGCAUAGUGUAAAAUAGAAAAGCACAUCACACGGACUUUUAGAGUAGGAUGAAUAGCGUAAUUUACGACGAACCGGAAUGUCUGAAUGCACUUUUCAAAAAUUUGCCUUAACAUAAUCGUAUUUUGAGCUAGUUUUUGAUACGACACAUUUUAAAUAACGGAACAUCCGAGCAUACAUUACAUGUUAAGCUACACACACAAUGACAACCUGUUUUUGGUUAUUCUUGUGUUCGUUUCACUCUUGGAGAUUCGCCCGUUUGAUUCUAGAGAAAAUAAAAGUUAGUUAAGCCUUAA